GAGCCAAGCUCACGGAAAAUGUACUUAUCUGGAUAUGGUGUGGAGCUAGCGAUUAAGAGUACAGAAUACAAAGCAUUGGAUGAUACCCAAGUUAAAACUGUGACUAAUACUUCUGUAGAAGAUGAGACUGAAGUAAAUGAAGUUCAAGGAUUUCUCUUUGGGAAACUAAAAGAAUUAUAUUCAGAUCUUAGAGAUAAUCUGACAGCAUUCCAAAAAUACCUGAUUGAGAGUAACAAAGAAAUGAUGCCUCUGAAAAUCUGGGAACUACAAGAUCUUAGUUUUCAAGCAGCUUCUCUAAUAAUGUCCACUCCAGUUUAUGAUGCCAUUAAAUUAAUGAAAGACAUUUCACAGAACUUCCCCAUAAAAGCCAGAUUUCUGUCCAGAAUUGCUGUAAAUCAACAUAUGAGAGAGGAAAUAAAGGAAAAUCAAAGGGAUCUUCAAGAUGAAUUUGGAAUUGAGCCAGGUGAUGCUCGUCUAUUUAUAAAUGGCCUUCUUAUUGAUACGAAUCUUUAUGAUCCUUUUAGUAUUCUGGAUAUGUUGAAAUUAGAAGGAAAAAUGAUGAAUGGCCUUCACAAUCUUGGGAUCAAUGGAGAAGAUAUGAGCAAAUUUUUAAAAUUAAAUUCACCUGUUUGGAAAGAUACUUACAUAUUGGAUAUUCGGCAUUCUUCUAUAAUGUGGAUUAAUGACUUGGAAAAUGAUAGUUUGUAUGUUACAUGGCCUACAAGUUGCAAGGAAUUUCUGAAACCAGCAUUCUCUGGAAGUGUACCUUCCAUAAGGCGUAAUUUUCAUAAUUUGGUUCUGUUUAUUGAUCCUACUCAAGAAUAUAGCUCAGAUUUGAUAAGACUUGCUGGACUUCUCUAUUUGCAUGAAAUUCCUCUUAGAAUUGGUUUUGUGUUCAUUCUUAAUACAGAUGAUGAAGUUGAUGGAACAAAUGAUUUUGGAGUUGCUCUUUGGCGAGCUUUCAAUUAUAUUGCAGAAGAACUUAGUGUAUCAGAAGCAUUUAUUUAUAUACUAGAGAUGUACAAGGAAGCGAAGGAUCAAAAAUAUAUACUUACUGUGGAGAAUGUGAAGACUUUUCUCCAAAAUGAAUUUCCUCAUGCUAAUAUUUGGGAUGUUUUGGGAACUCAUUCUAAAUAUGAUAAAGAACGAACGGCUGGAGCAAGCUUUUAUAAGAUGACUGGUCUGGGUCCUUUGCCUCAAGCUCUUUAUAAUGGUGAACCAUUAACUCAUGAAGAGACUAAUAGUAUAUACCUAAGAAUGGCUGUUCUUCAGAGAAUGAUGGAUACAUCUGCAGAUUUACAAAAUGAAGUUUUUAUGGGCACAUUAAAUGAUCACAUGGAUGCAGUUGAUUUUCUAAUGGAUAAGAAUAAUGCUGUACCUCGUAUAAAUUCUUUGAUUUUGCACACUAAACAGCAGUACCUUAAUUUAAUAUCUACAUCAGUAACUGCUGAUAUUGAAGAUUUCUCUACUUUCUUUUUCUUGGAUUCACAAGAUAAGAGUGCUGUAAUUGCAAAGAGCAUGUGUUACUUAACUCCAGAUGAUGACAGUAUAAUUUCUGUAGUCACUCUCUGGAUUAUUGCUGAUUUCGAUAAGCCAUCUGGGAGAAAACUGCUUUUUAAUGCAUUAGAGCACAUGAAAACAAGUUUUCAUAGUCGGUUGGGAGUUAUUUAUAAUCCUACAUCAAAAAUAAAUGAAGAAAAUACAGCUAUUUCUAGAGGAAUUUUGGCAGCUUUUCUUACACAGGAAAACGGCAUUUUGAGAAGCUUUCUCAGGAAACUGGCAAAGGAAGAAACUGCUACAGCUAUUUAUACUGGAGAUAAAAUUAAAACAUUCCUUACUGAGGGGAUGGAUAAAAAUGCUUUUGUGAAAAAAUAUAACACCAUUGGAGUUAAUAUUUUCCAAACUCACCAGUUGUUCUGUCAAGAUGUACUUAAAUUGCAUCCUGGGGAAAUGGGUAUUGUCAGCAAUGGGAAA